AGCCGGUGGAAACCUCGUGAUCUCCGCCGCCUCGAGCCCUCCGCGCGCCUCUUCCAGAGCACCAUCCACUCUUCGGUGGCGAGGCCGCGGCUCCCCGAGACGGGCAAUGCAGAGCGCGGCUGCCAUCGGGCUCCUACGGCCAUGUGCCGCGCGGCCGCUCGCCGCCUACACUAGCCCACGCCGCGGCGCCGGCGCGUGCAGCGGCGGCACCCAGCCGCUCAUCACGCCCCGCGGCAUCCGCCUCUCCGCCCGCCCCGGUCUCGUGCCGGCCUCGCCGCUGGAGGAGAAGGAGAACCGGAGAUGCAGGGCCAGUAUGCACGCGGCGGCGUCGGCCGGAGAGGAAGCUGGGGGAGGGCUCGCCAAGACGCUGCAGCUGGGGGCGCUUUUCGGGCUCUGGUACCUCUUCAACAUCUACUUCAACAUCUACAACAAGCAGGUUCUGAAGGUUUUGCCAUACCCUAUAAACAUCACAACGGUGCAGUUUGCUGUUGGAAGUGCCAUUGCUUUGUUCAUGUGGAUCACUGGUAUCCAUAAAAGGCCAAAGAUUUCGGGUGCCCAGCUUUUCGCUAUCCUUCCUCUAGCUAUUGUCCAUACCAUGGGCAAUCUUUUCACAAACAUGAGCCUUGGAAAGGUUGCAGUGUCAUUUACACAUACUAUAAAGGCCAUGGAACCUUUCUUCUCAGUUCUCCUUUCAGCAAUUUUCCUUGGGGAGUUGCCUACGCCAUGGGUUGUGUUGUCUCUUCUUCCGAUUGUUGGUGGUGUAGCUUUGGCAUCCCUUACUGAGGCCUCCUUUAACUGGGCUGGAUUUUGGAGUGCAAUGGCUUCAAAUGUAACCUUCCAGUCAAGGAAUGUGCUAAGCAAGAAACUUAUGGUGAAGAAAGAGGAAUCUCUCGACAACAUUAACCUAUUCUCGAUCAUUACAGUCAUGUCAUUCUUCCUGUUGGCCCCAGUAACCUUACUUACAGAAGGUGUUAAAGUUAGUCCAGCAGUGUUGCAGUCUGCUGGUUUGAACUUGAAACAGGUAUACACAAGGUCAUUGAUUGCUGCAUUCUGCUUCCAUGCAUACCAACAGGUAUCAUACAUGAUCCUCGCCAGGGUAUCCCCAGUCACACAUUCAGUGGGCAAUUGCGUCAAGCGUGUGGUGGUCAUUGUGACCUCUGUUCUGUUCUUCAGGACCCCUGUUUCUCCCAUCAACUCUCUUGGUACCGGGAUCGCUCUUGCUGGAGUUUUCCUAUACUCGCAAUUGAAGAGACUUAAGCCCAAGCCCAAGACUGCUUGAUCAUAUACAUUUGUAGGUCCAUUCAAUAGAACUUUGGAAGUUAUGCUAUGUCAUUGGAGUGAUCAGUGAGUGCCGUAGUUAGAAUGAUAAGCCUCUCCGUUUUGUUACCAGUUGGGUGGAUAAUUUAUGAUUUACUUGCUAGCAUUUUUGGACGGA